AUGGCAGCAGCUGCCGCCUCUUCUUUCAAUUUUUCUUCUGCUUCUCCUCCUUCCACUCCUUCCUCCUCCCGAGGCUCCCCUGCCCACGAUUACUCCUUCAAGAUUCUCAUGAUCGGGGAUUCCGCCGUCGGCAAGAGCAGUAUCCUCCUCAAAUUCAUCUCCGACUCCGAUCACGAGCCCUCUCCCACUAUUGGUGUGGACUUCAAAAUGAAGACCGUCGUGGCAAAUGAUAAACGAUUGAAGCUUACGAUAUGGGAUACAGCUGGACAGGAGAGAUUUGGAACUUUGACAACAUCUUAUUACAGAGGAGCACAUGGGAUCGUUCUUGUUUAUGACGUCACAAAAAGAGAUACAUUCACAAACCUGUCGGAGAUAUGGGCUAGAGACGUGGAACAUUAUUCUACCAAUCAUGAGUGUGUCAAGCUUCUAGUUGGGAACAAAGUUGACAAGGACAGUGAUCGCGCUGUAAGCAGAGAAGAAGGGAUGGCUCUAGCACAAGGGCUUAAGUGUUCGUUUGUCGAAUGCACUGCUAAAUCUAGAGAAAGCGUGGAGCAACUAUUCAGAGAGCUUAUAUUAAAGAUAUUUGAAGUACCUGCCCUGUUGGAAAAGGGAUCUGGAGUACCGAAGACGACCACGAUUCGAGCAGACAGACAAGCGUCCCAACAAGGUCGAAGAAAUGGCUGCUGUUCUUGA